AUGGUUGCUUCGGUCUCCGGCGCCAGUCGCGCAAUUAUCGCUCUCUGCUCCGUCAUCGCUGCCCACGGCGGCUUUGCCGUUGCUGCUGGUACCCAGGCCGAUGUCGGUUCAUGCUUAAACAAGGCUGGCAUCGAGAACUCGGUCCCCACCACCACCACCUGGACGAUGGAUAUCCAACCGUGGAACUCGCGCGUGAACCCCGUGCCUGCCGCUGUCGCUUUCCCCAAGACGGAGAAGGAGGUGUCUGCUGCCCUAAAGUGUGCCGCUAGUGCUGGUGUCAAGGUGACCACCCUUGGUGGCAACCGCUCGUUCUCGAGCAUGGGUUUCGGACGUAACGAUGGAGCCCUCGUCAUUAACCUGAAGGCUCUGAAGCACCUAAAGUACGACCCGUCUACUAAGUUGCUGUCGUACGGAGGCCCCGUCAUGAUCUCGGAGGCCGCGAACCACAUGUGGAACAAGUACAAGCGCACUCUUCCUCACGGCCGUUGCCCCGAUGUCGGUAUGACCGGUGUGGCCGCUUCGGGAUUCGGUACCCUUUCACGUUCUAGCGGUACCGUGCUGGACAACAUUGAGAGUGUCCGUGUGGCCCUUGCCAACGGCACCAUCGUCGAUGCCGACGCUAAGCGCAACUCGCACGUGUACUGGGCGGGUGCUAUUACCAGCUUCAUCAGUCACGCCUGCAAGCCGAAUGCAGAUUUUGUGGAGCUCCACAACAGGUCCAAGGUUAAUGUACUUGUGGGGAUGAUCAAGAACGUGAAAGCUGGAGCACAGAUAACAAUGCAUUAUGGUAACGUGACUUGGUUUAAAUGGGCAUGUUAUAAGUGCUGGGACGGCAGCGAUGACGAUCGCGUGUCGAAGGACUGA